AAGAUUGCUGCACAUAAGGCUGUCACGGUGACCUUCGUGCCGCUCAAUUGGCCGAUCAGGUUAAGCCUGCAUUGCACGGGCGAAACCGUUAAUCCGUAGGCUUGCAGGGCGUCGCGCCUGUCGAGGGUCCUGGGGAUUUCUGGAAUAUAUAUGACCUUGGCCUCCCCAGAAAUCAUUCUCCUAUCUCUCCUUCACUUGUCGCCAGCGUCUCAAUGCCAUAGAACAUCUGCCAGCCUUUCUUUCAUUCUGUUUGCGUUUUGGUUGCUUCUCUCUCGUCUUUCGACAGUCUCUCGUUUGGGUAUCCUUUUGUCCUUUCUUUCUUUUUUCUCUCUCUUUCCAAUAGACCUCCUUUUGCCACAAAAGCGUUCGCUCUCUGUUAUACUGACCGACCUGCCGCUCAUUUUCAACCUCUGCGAUUCCAUUCGAACCCCCUGGAUCUUAUUCUUACGACCUUUAUAAUCCCAUAUCGAUUCUCCCAUUCCCGACACCAUGGAAUGUUUUCGGCAGAUCGUUCGACUUGUCAAGUCCCCGUUUCA